AUGACCCAACCAAAGAUCAAAGCCGUGUUCUUCGACUUCAUGGGGACCUGCCUUGACUGGCACACCAGCGUAGUCCAAGCUUUACCCUCAACCAUCCCACAGGAAGAAGCCUCCAAGCUCGCCCUCGAAUGGCGCAGACAAUACUUCCUCGAAAACAACAACCGUUUCGUACAGGGCCUUCACCCCGAAGAUAUCGACGACACCCUAGCCCGCACCCUCGAAGUAACCCUCAGCCAGUCUCCCACCUCCCGACCCCACAUCGACACCGAAACAAAAGCGUCAUUGGUCCAGGCAUGGCAUUCCCAGCCCGCAUGGCCAGAAGUCGCAACGGCAAUUAACAGUCUCCGCCACGAUCUCAAUCUAGAGGUCUUUGUUCAUGCUAACGGGACGACCCGUCUUCAGCUUGACCUUACGCGUUCGUCCGGGCUGGGUUUCAAUAUGCUGUUUUCUAGUCAGUUGCUCGGGGUUUAUAAGCCUAGUCCAGAGGCGUAUGAGAAGGCUUUGCAGUUUGUGAAGUUGGAGCCGGAGGAGGUGGUGUUGGUUGCGGCUCAUGCUUAUGACUUGCGGGGUGCGCAGAAGGUUGGGUUGCGGACUGUUUAUGUUCAUCGGUGGACUGAUGAUGUUGAUGAGGACAUGGAGAAGGUCAGGUCUGAGUUUGAUUUCUUUUUGGAGAAUAUGAAGGAUCUGCCUGCUGUCAUUGGGCGGAUGUGA